CUUCUUUCUCCGCUUUUCUUCUCUCUCUCCCCCCAUCUUCCCCCAGCUUUACCGCACAAAAUCGUUUUUUGACACCCCCAACUUUUCACACACUUACACACACGCACACACCUACUUUGCUCCUAUAUAACUUGGAAGAUCAGUUUUUUUUUUUCUUUUCUUUUUUUUUUUCCCCUUCUGUCAGGUCGAUGUCAGAGUUGCAAUCAUUCCUAGUGCACCUCUGCAGUUUAGCCCUACGCGCGACCGUUGAGCCUAGAGUGGACCAUCACGUCAUCGAACACUUCCUGGCCAUGCCCAGCAAUCGAACCCAGAAUCAGAACCAGAACCAGAACCAGAACCAAAACCAGAACCAGAACCAGACUACGACCGUGUCUUCGUCGACUGGACGGGCACAGGACAGUAACAUUAACAUUAACAGCAAUACGACGGAGCUGCAGUCGUUCCUCGUGAACUUGUGCAGUGCGGCACUCAAGGCGACGACGCAGCCCAGGGUGGACCAGCAAUUGAUCGAUCGUAUUUUAUCAUUGACGGGGAACGAGGGCCAGCAACAACAGCAACAGCAACAGCAACAACAACAACAACAACAACAGCAACAACAGCAACAGCAACAUCAUCAAGCGCAGGCGCCAGUGCCCCGUGGCACACCACAGCAGCAACAGCAACAGAACAAUGCGAGGCUUCGACAGCAGCAGUUGCAGCAGUAUCAGCAGCAGCAGAGCAAGCAGGAUCGACAGACCAUGAGCGAUGAGUCCGAUGACGAGCCGGAUUUUGAACAGGAUAACUUUGACGAGUCCUUUGAGAACCUGGCCUCCAGCUUCGCAAACCGCGGUCCAACAUCCAACGUCGGAGUACCAGCAGUAUCAUCAUCAUCAUCAUCAUCAUCAUCAUCAUCAGCAGCAGCAGCAGUGGCACUUGCAACAGCAGUAGGACAAUUGUCCUCCACCUCCGCCGUGCCUGUAUCUUCGUCCUCUGCACCAUUAUCCACCGCCACGGUGGCCACCGCCGUUACCGCUGCACCCUCCGCAUCCUCGACGACCUCUGCAAUACCCGCGGUUCGCCCACAUCUAGACGGCCCCUUCGCGCACGACCCCUCCCUGUAUGUGAAUUACAUGCACCCGUCCUCUGUCGAGUUCCCGAACGGAGAUAUCGAAUACGCCCUCCCCGUGGACGCGACCGACAGCGCACUCGAGUCCCGGUCCGUGGGCUGGGCCAUGGUCGUCUACGGCCACAGCGACAACAAGAACAGGGACCCGCAGCUACGUCGCCAGACCUACAACAAAUCCUGUUUGGGCGUGUAUCAAUGUCCGAUGUGUGGGGAGCUCGAGAGGCCACGGGUGCCACGGGCGGGCAAGAAGGUCAAGUACUCGUUACCGAUGCAGCCAAGGGGGGUCUGUAGGGAGGACGGAUUCGAACUCGAACAUAUCCCGUGUCGCGCGACGAUGAAGGUGAUCCACGAGGCCGAUCGCGUAAGGUUUAUUCAUUCAGGAGUUCAUGCGCAUCCGUUGCCAAGGAGUGUGAGGAAGAAGGUCGCAAAGUCGAGGACGAGCCUCCAGGAGAUGCAGGAAUAGGCCAGGCGAUAAUAGGCGAUAGAGAAAUAAAAUAUAAAAAUAAAGUACACUCCACGCGUUGUUUGGGUGAUUUAAGG